UAAUACUUUUUCCAACUUUCUCAUAACCAAACAUCCAUUUCCCAAUUCUUAUUCUAUGUUCUUCUUAAACUUUACACAAUGAAAACAACCAAAUUCAUAUCAUCAUUUUUAUUCUUAUUAUUACUAGCCACUAAAUCUUUCAUAACAGAAUCAAAAUGUAGCAAAACUUGUGACAGAGCUUUAGCUUCAUAUUAUCUAACAAAUGAUUCAUCUUCAAAUCUAACAUAUGUUUCAAAAAUCAUGCAAUCAAACCUUGUUACAAAACCAGAAGAUAUUGUCAGUUACAACACAGACACAAUAAAAAGCAAAGAUUCUGUUCAAUCUUUUACAAGAGUUAAUGUUCCAUUUCCUUGUGAUUGCAUCAAUGAUGAGUUUCUUGGUCACACAUUUCAAUACCAUGUUGUUAAAGGAGAUACAUAUUUGUCUGUUGCAAACAAUAGUUAUUCCAAUUUAACAACUGCUGAGUUUUUGCAUAGUUUCAAUAGCUAUGAUUCAAAUGAUAUUCCUGAUACUGCAACUCUUAAUGUUACUGUUAAUUGUUCUUGUGGGAAUAGUGAUGUUUCUAAGGAUUAUGGUUUAUUUGUUACAUACCCUCUUAGAAGUGAAGAUUCUUUGCAAUUGAUUUCUAAUAAGACUAAGAUUGAUGCUGAGUUGCUGCAAAAGUAUAAUCCUGGUGUCAAUUUUAGUCAAGGGAGUGGCUUGGUUUAUAUUCCUGGAAAAGACCAAAAUGGUAACUACGUUCCUUUUCACACAAGCACUUCAGGCCUAUCAGGUGGAGUUAUCGCUGGAAUAUCUAUUGGAGCAGUAGCAGGACUAUUGCUAUUCGCAUUUUGUAUUUACCUUUCAUAUUCCCGAAAGAAGAAAGUACGGAUGCAAACUUUGCACUCAGAAGAGUCCGGCGCGAUCUUCGCUCAAGUUAAGAAUGAUGAAGUCUCUGGUAAUGCUACAUAUGGAACUUCAGAUUCUGCGAGUCCUGCUAAUAUCAUCGGCAUUAGGGUGGAAAAAUCAGGGGAGUUUUCAUAUGAAGAACUAGCCAAUGCCACAAAUAACUUCAAUAUGGCUAAUAAAAUCGGUCAAGGUGGUUUCGGUGAAGUGUUUUACGCAGAACUGAACGGCGAGAAAGCUGCAGUAAAAAAGAUGGAUAUGAAAGCAUCAAAAGAAUUUCUUGCUGAGCUUAAGGUUUUGACGCGUGUUCAUCACUUGAACCUGGUACGAUUGAUUGGAUAUUGCGUCGAGGGAUCCCUUUUCCUUGUCUAUGAAUACAUUGAUAAUGGAAACUUAAGCCAACAUCUACGAAGUUCAGAUGGAGAACCUUUGCAAUGGUCUACUAGGACUAAAAUUGCUCUGGAUUCAGCUAGAGGUCUUGAAUACAUUCAUGAACAUACCGUGCCUACAUAUAUUCAUCGCGACAUAAAGUCAGAAAAUAUUUUAUUAGACAAAAACUUCCGUGCUAAGGUUGCAGAUUUUGGAUUAACUAAGCUGAUUGAAGCUGGAAUUUCAUCAGUUCCAACUGCUAAUAUGGCAGGCACAUUUGGUUACAUGCCACCAGAAUAUGCAUAUGGUAGUGUUUCUUCCAAAAUAGAUGUAUAUGCUUUUGGAGUUGUUCUAUAUGAACUAAUUUCAGCUAAAGGAGCUAUAAUAAUGGGUGCUGAAUUAAAGGGUCUUGUAACUUUGUUUGAUGAAGUUUUUGAUGGUCCAAAUCCUAUAGAAGGUCUUAAAAAACUGGUGGAUCCUAGGCUUGGAGAUAACUAUUCAAUUGAUUCCAUUUUCAAGAUGGCACAAAUUGCGAAAGUAUGUACUGAGAGUGAUCCAAAACAACGUCCAAAUAUGAGUUCUGUUGUAGUUGCUCUUACCACAUUAACUUCAACUACUGAGGAUUGGGAUAUUAAUUCUAUAUAUAAAAAUCCAAAUCUUGUAAAUUUAAUGUCUGGAAAGUAGGACUUGGAAUUUAGGAUACAAUUGUUACAACGAAUAUACCUUCAUUUCAUAUACAAAUGGACUUUACAUUUUUUUAUGAGCUAUGGACUUUUUCUUUAUUAUAGAA